UGGGAAUUUUUCCAAUACCAACAUAAGCUGUCAAUUUCCGGCAAAAAACGCGAGGUAAGAUUUGCGAUUUUGGGAUUGCGUGUUUUAUAAAAACUGCUUGUUGUGUGCGUAAAUAAUGCCUAAACCGCUUGUUGUCACUUUCCCAAAUGUCUGAUGGACCUCCUGAAACGUUAAAAAAGUUCGUGUUUUCGUCCAAAUAUAACCUCAAAGGCGAGCCUCAGGAAGAACAACUCGAAGUAAUCAUUCCUGAGCUUCUUCAAGUCAGCUAUUCCUUCUACACUUGGCCUUCGGCACCCGUCCUUGCGUGGUUCCUGUGGGAGAACAGACAACAGCUCACCGGAAAGAAAAUUCUAGAGAUCGGUUCUGGGACCGCUUUGCCUGGAAUCGUGGCCGCAAAGUGUGGAGCGAAGGUAAUUCUAAGCGAUUCUACCACUCUUCCUAAAUCUCUGAAUCACACAAAGAGGAGUUGUCAGUUGAAUAAUCUGGUUUUGAAUGAAGAUAUUCACAUAAUUGGACUGACGUGGGGGUUGUUUUUGGACAAUUUGGAGCUAAUUGGCGAACUUGACCUGAUUUUGGGUUCGGAUUGUUUUUACGAACCUUCUGUUUUCGAGGACGUGUUGGUCUCAGUUUCGUAUCUGCUCGACUUAAAUCAAGGGGCCAAGUUUUUGUGCACAUAUCAGGAGCGUAGUUCUGACUGGUCCAUUGAGCAUCUUCUGGCCAAGUGGAAUUUGAAUUGUCAAGUGCAUAACAUCAGCAAUUUGGGGGCUAGUGCUGGGUUGGAUAUACAUAGGUUAGUUGGGGACCAUAGCAUACAUUUGUUGGAAAUCUCUAGACAAAUUUGA